GCGCCCCCCGCCGCUGACGAUGAGUCAUUGCAGCAGCCGCGCCCUGACCCUGCUGAGCAGCGUGUUCGGUGCGUGUGGCCUGCUGCUCGUGGGCAUCGCGGUCAGCACUGAUUACUGGCUGUACAUGGAGGAGGGAACGGUGCUGCCACAGAACCAGACCACGGAGGUCAAGAUGGCCCUGCACGCAGGCCUCUGGCGAGUCUGCUUCUUUGCAGGCCGGGAGAAGGGUCGCUGUGUGGCCUCGGAGUAUUUCCUUGAACCGGAGAUCAACUUGGUGACGGAAAACACGGAGAAUAUUCUGAAGACGGUGCGCACAGCCACCCCCUUCCCCAUGGUCAGUCUCUUCCUAGUGUUCACGGCCUUCGUCAUCAGUAACAUCGGCCACAUCCGCCCACAGAGGACCAUUCUGGCCUUCGUUUCUGGUAUCUUCUUCAUCCUCUCGGGCCUCUCCUUGGUGGUGGGCUUGGUUCUUUACAUUUCCAGCAUCAAUGACGAGGUCAUGAACCGGCCCAGCAGCUCUGAGCAGUAUUUCCACUAUCGCUACGGGUGGUCUUUUGCCUUCGCCGCUUCCUCCUUCCUACUGAAAGAGGGGGCUGGCGUGAUGUCCGUGUACUUGUUCACCAAGCGCUACGCGGAGGAGGAGAUGUACCGUCCGCACCCGGCCUUCUACCGCCCGCGACUCAGCGACUGCUCGGACUACUCCGGCCAGUUUCUGCAGCCCGAGGCGUGGCGCCGCGGCCGCAGCCCCUCCGACAUCUCCAGCGACGUCUCCAUCCAGAUGACUCAGAACUACCCUCCAGCCAUCAAGUACCCGGACCACCUGCACAUCUCCACCUCGCCGUGCUGAGGCCUGCCCCUCGGAGCCCCCCUCUCCUCCUCUCCCUCCUCCUCCUCUUCCUCCU